AUAUAAACUGGAAAAUCGCUCUAAACAGAAUAAUAUUAUUGGACACAAUUUAAAGUAAUACGUUAUUAAGUCGCAAUGCAUUUCAUGCAAAUGGCAUGCUUAAAAAUCUGGCGGGCGCGAUUACCUAGCCUGUGUCCAUGACAAGUAGUGGGCCGUUAAUUGUUAUUAAUCAUAAUCAUCAUUUGCUGCGAGGUUCCUCAAAAUCAAAGAGAAAUAUGGCACGCACGACCGACUUCUCAGACUUGGAUGUGCACUCUGUGCUGCUGAUAAUGAAGCAUCUGAAAAGCCUUGAGGAUCAGGUCAAUUUGGCGCGCUGCAGUCGGAAAUUUAGCAAUGCUUUUGUGCAACUGCAUCAUGGUCACUUCAAGGAAAUUAUCGACAACGAAAUGAAGUUCAAAAGCCUAGACGAAUGGCGGGCUUUUUUGUGGAUGUGUGGUGCCAAUGUAAAGCACAUGCAGUUGUAUAACGACGACGAUCAUCCACUUCAACUGCUGCCCCUAGCCAGCAAGUUCUGCACCAACUUGGAAAGUAUAACAUUACAUAAUGUAACGGUCGCCAAGGCGCAACCGUUUUUACUGGCUAUCCGGACACUGAAGAGAGUUCAAAUACGAAACUAUAAGAAUACCAGCAAAGAUUUAAUCAAGUCAAUGUUGCGUUAUCUGCCCUAUUUGAACAGCCUGGGCUUGGAGUAUUUCGAUCGAAAGGAAUUGCAAGAGCUUCGACACUUUAAAAACUUGAGGGAACUGCAACUGUAUGACGAGGUAACGGCCUCAGAUUUUGUGGAUAUUAUCAAACCUAUGAGCGAUUUGCGGAUUCUCCAACUUAGAAAUGCUAAGAAAUUUCUGACUACACAGACGAUAAAGCAGUUGGUCGCACAUUGCUCUCAGCUUGAAAAACUAUCAUUUUUCGAUAGUGACGCUGAUUUGACCAAUGUCGCACAGUUCUCGAAUCUCAAAUAUCUACAAGUCCACUGCCCAGAGCAAUAUAAAACACGACUAUUUAAAGCCUUGGCCAAAAAAAACGCAUCUCAUUUGGAAUAUCUUGUUCUCCACAAGAAACGUUGGAUAAAUGAGGAGCAAGCCCAGUAUAUAGGCACCAUGCAGUCUCUCAAAAUACUCGUAUGCAAACCUCGUGAUGAUCGCUGUAUGGAACAUUUGGCCAAUCUCACACAACUUGAGUGCCUGUCGAUGCAGAGCUCUCGGGACGUGGGAGAAAUGGCGCUUAUGGCUGUCCUGAGCGCAAAUGAAAAGCUAAGAUAUCUCAAUAUUUGCUUUUGCAUGAGCAUAACUGACCAUUUUGUAAUGAGUGCGCUGACAUAUCUAGCCAAACGGAUUUCACACCAGCCCUUGGAGUUGUAUGCCGCUGCAACUGAUAUUAGACGUGAUAUCAUGGAUAGGUUAACGGCCGACCACCGGUCCAAGCAGCUAUGCUUGUACUUUGAGUGCAGCAAUGGCCUGUACUGUGAUGGUCAUUAUUACAAUGAUGAAGCUGAAUUUGCAUAAUGACACAUUCCAAUCUACACGUACUUCUAAAUCAUUUAAUGGCCACAAACAUACAACAGUCUGAUAUAUUCACCUGUAAGAGGCGCCUUGAUGAGUAGAUGAGAAUUUGACUGCGCAUGCAAAUCUUGUUAUUUACAUACAUAUUUAACUUAUCAUAUUUAUGCCAUGUAAUUUUAAUAAUUUUUUCUAUAAGUGCACAGCUGUAAUUUGUUAAAUAUAUACAAGUUUUACUCACAA